CACAGACCGUUGUUGUCGUGUUCCUCUGCUUCUGUUUACGUUUGGCGGAGGGUGGACAGCGGGGGUGGAGGGCAGCAGCACAGGCCCUCCGUUAGCCUGCAGACAGCACAAGACAGAUCCGGCGUUCUCUCUGAGCAGCACAGGCCCCCCUCCCCCGGCCUUCUUCGUCCCCUCUUCUAAGCUCAGCGCAGCUCAGCUCAGCAGCUCGUCCCCGUCCUCCCUCUCCGCCGCCACCGCCGCCACACCGCCAUGUACAACAACCAGGGCUACAACGGCUCGUACCAGAACAGGUACUACUCCUCGCAGCUUGGACAACCGCAGACGGCGGCCGCCGCCGCCGCUGCGGCAGCUGCAGAGUCGCAGGCGCCCUCCGGUCAGCAGGCGCAUCUGCAACAGCAGCAGGCAAACCCAGACACACAGCAAGUGCAGCAGGGCGCCCUGGAGUCGAACCAGCAGCAGCAGCAGCAGCAGCAGCCUCCGGUCCAGGGCCAGCAGCAGUCCUACUACCCGUCCAACGCGUCCUAUUCGUCGUACUCGGGCGUCCCGCAGAACUACACAAACCCGGUCUCCUACACAGGCGCCAUGUACCCGAGUUCCUACAUCCAGGACUCAACAACCCCCCAGGCCGCAACGGCCAACCCGCUCUCGGCGUCGAGCCAGCCCCAGUCGCUGGGUCCUCAGGAUCAGGCGCAACAGCAGCAGCAGCAGCAGCCGCAGCAACAGCAGCAACAGCAACAACCGCAGCAGUCACAGUCUCAACAACAACAGGCCAACAGCAACCCCUCAGGCCAGGCACAGUCCAACUACUCCUCCGCCUACGGCUACUACUCCCAGCCACAGAACAUGCUGGACCCCAUGUCUUCCUACGCCUCCCAGAUGUACCAGUCCUACAACGGCUACCCAAACUCAAAGUUGGGCUACAGAACCUACCCCUCGGGCUCUCCGCUGGCCACCUACCCGAUCUACCCAGACUAUAACAACCAGCUGAACGCGGCCACCCCGCAGAUCUCCAACCUCCAAAAACACUACAACACGCUCAACAUCCCCAACUUGAACAUGAACGUCAACCCGGGCCAGCCAAACCCACAAUCCCAGGGCCAGGGCCAGCAACAGCCGCAACAACAGGUCCCUGCCCAAGUGCAGCAAUCACAGUCUCAGAACGUACGUGGUCUCCCUAGCCACAACGGAUCCACCUCCACCGUGGUGUCAAACGCCAACUCCAGCGGCUUUCAGUUAAGUCCCAACGCUGGCCAGAUCCAGCCCCCAGGCUCCCGCCCUAAGAUCACCACGACCAUGUGGGAGGACGAAAAGACCCUCUGCUACCAGGUCGAAGCGAACGGCGUUUCCGUGGUUCGGAGAGCAGAUAACAACAUGAUCAACGGAACCAAGUUGUUGAACGUGGCCAAGAUGACCAGAGGCCGUCGUGACGGGAUCUUGAAGGCCGAGAAGACGCGGUACGUAGUCAAGAUCGGCUCGAUGCAUCUCAAGGGUGUUUGGAUACCUUUUGAGAGAGCCCUGAUCAUGGCCCAGAGAGAAGGCAUUGCCGACUCCCUGUACCCCUUGUUUGUCAAGGACAUCCAGAAAAUCAUCCAGCAGGGCACUCCUACAGUGAAGAUGGGCCAGUACGCUUUGAAUCCGAAGCCUAGCCACGGCGUAGCUAACGACGCCGCCCUCUAUGCGCAAAUGAACCCACAAGCCAAGACCACGAAGGGCCCUAACGACGGCUCCAAAGUCCUAGACCGCUACGACGCCCACACGGACGGCCGCGGCAACGCUGCUUACGGCGCCGCCGACGGAGCAGACUCCGUCGAUCCCACCGGCUCCGCCAAGCUCUCGGGCUCUAACCACUCCGAGUCCCACGUGUACGGCGGCCCGGGCAGCGUCAAUAACCCUGCCAGCAGCACCAACCCAAGCCACAGCAACAGCAAUAACAACAAUGCCACCACUUCAGCUGCCUCAGCAACCACUGCCACCGAUGCUACAAACCCUUCGUCUAACGCAACAACUGCAGCCACUUCCAACCAUGCACCGGGCUCCGUCGCACCAAUGAUGUACCCGUCAUACUACAACUCGGCGCACCAGUCGCAGCCUUCGCAGUCGCAGCUGAACCCAUCCCAGUCGUACUACUACGGCGGUUACUACGCUCAGAACUCACAACCAGCCUCCUCGUCGGCGAUUCCAUCCCAGAAGUACGCCCAGGGCCUUUCGGCAGACGUGGCCGGCGAAAGUGUCAACCCGACCGCCAACAACAGCGGUAGCGGCAGCAGCAGCAGGCCUGGCAACCCGAACGCCGACAACAGCGUCUGAGCCUCAUGGACGUCUCUAUUUAUUUUGAAAAUAAAAACAAAGCCCAAGCAUGAAAAAAAAAGAAAAAAAAUGUCCGUAAUAUCUCUCUCUCUCUCUCUCUCUCUCUCUCUCUCUAUCUCUCU